AUGAUGCGGCGUUUCUCAGCCCUCCUGGCUCUUGCCAGUCUGUGUUUCUCCAAUGUCAAUGCCGCUGAUGAUGCUACUGAUAUGGGACCUGCGGCUUUCCUCUGGCCAUCGGAUCGGCUUUGGGGAGCUGUGCAGGAUAAUACUGCGCCCUGCGGUUCCUCUGCCGGGGUAACAAAUCGAACAGAAUUUCCUCUGACGAAUGGUGAGGUGUCUCUUGUUCUGCAGGAUGAGUCCUACAAUGUCAACCUAGCUAUUUCUUACCACGAUAACCCGACCUCAAACAAGGACUUUGUGACCCUCGUCUCAUCGAGCAACUUCCCUGAACUAGAACCCGGUCACGCAUGCUACGCAGUGCCCAACCCACCAUCCAACAUCACCUCCGGCGCCAACGCUACACUGCAGCUAUCUUACCUAUCCACUUUUGACACGGACACGAACAGCACUUACUACGCCUGUGCCGAUAUCAAAUACGUUCCGUUAGCAUCUUUUACUACCAACGUGCUGUGCUUUAAUGUCAGUGAGUCGACCGCAUCCAGCUCAAGCACGAGCACGAGCACGAGCUCCUCUUCGAAGUCUUCUUCUGGGGGAUUAUCUGGUGGACAGAUUGCGGGCAUUGUGGUCGGAUCUGUGGCAGGCGCCGCCAUCAUUGCUGCUGGCCUGUUCCUGUUGUGGAGCCGUCACCAGCGGAAGGUUCAGCGGGACAAGGUGGUCGCGGUUAGGAUGAGCGAUUGGAAUGGUAAUCAGGUUCAAAAGACUAUAUCCGGCCAGUCUACGGCGGUCUAA